AUGCUGAAUCUACUAAAUGUUGAAGCCUUCAUACAAUAUUUUAUAGAUGACAUCAAAUACGUUAAAAAUGCCAAUGAAUCUUUGAAAUGGUACUUCUUCACAGAAUUCUUAUUCAAAUCUUAUCAUAUAACAGUAUCGCUUCUGACCGUGAUGCGCGCAACCAAUGGAAAGGAUGUUCUAUUUCAUCUGAGCUUUUUGUCAAUUAUAGUAGGUCAAGCUUUCCUGAUUUAUUAUCAUGUGAAUGAGUUAUCAUUAGAGAGCACAUAUUUGAGCCAAAGAAUAUUCAACAGUAACUGGUACGACCAAAGUUCUGAAGUGAAGAGAAGUCUGUUGAUUGUGAUGGCCAGAGUACAAAGACCACUUGUACUCACCAUCGGCAAUUUUGGAGUGAUCGACAAUGACUUGAUAGUGACCAUGGUCAAAGCUGCUUAUUCGUUCGUAUUGUACCAGAUAAUUUAAGUUUCCAAGGAAUGGGGAAGUUUCCUUCUGAUAACAUUCCAACAAAUCAGUUCUUCACUAAUCAGCCUUAUGUUUGCACGAUGUAGAAUGACUUUCAGAUGAACUCGACAAUGUAUUCGAAGGAUCUAUUAUUUCUGCUCUUGCAAGGCUUCGCUAGACGCUCC